AUGGGCUUAGGUCACGAGCAAGGAUUUGGAGCCCCUUGUUUAAAAUGCAAAGAAAAGUGUGAAGGAUUCGAACUGCACUUCUGGAGAAAAAUAUGUCGUAACUGCAAGUGUGGCCAAGAAGAGCAUGAUGUCCUUUUGAGCAAUGAAGAGGAUCGAAAAGUGGGGAAACUUUUUGAAGACACCAAGUAUACCACCCUAAUUGCAAAACUAAAGUCAGAUGGAAUUCCCAUGUAUAAACGCAAUGUUAUGAUAUUGACCAAUCCAGUUGCUGCCAAGAAGAAUGUCUCUAUCAAUACAGUUACCUACGAAUGGGCUCCUCCUGUCCAGAAUCAGGCAUUGGCCAGGCAGUACAUGCAGAUGCUACCCAAGGAAAAGCAGCCAGUGGCAGGCUCAGAGGGGGCACAGUAUCGGAAGAAGCAACUGGCAAAGCAGCUCCCUGCACAUGACCAGGACCCUUCAAAGUGCCACGAGUUGUCUCCCAGAGAGGUGAAAGAGAUGGAGCAGUUUGUGAAGAAAUAUAAGAACGAGGCUCUGGGAGUAGGAGAUGUCAAACUUCCCUCUGAGAUGGACGCUCAAGGCCUCAACCAAAGGCACAUCCCUGGUGGGGAUAGAAGCACCCCAACUGCGGUGGGGACCAUGGAGGACAAAUCUGCGGAGCGCAAAAGAACUCAGUAUUCCUGCUAUUGCUGCAAACUGAGUAUGAAGGAAGGCGACCCAGCCAUCUAUGCUGAAAGAGCUGGCUAUGAUAAACUGUGGCACCCAGCUUGUUUUGUCUGCAGCAUCUGCCAUGAGCUCCUGGUUGACAUGAUUUAUUUCUGGAAGAAUGAGAAGCUAUACUGUGGCAGACAUUAUUGUGACAGUGAGAAACCCCGAUGUGCUGGCUGUGAUGAGCUGAUAUUCAGCAAUGAGUAUACCCAGGCAGAAAACCAGAAUUGGCAUCUGAAACACUUCUGCUGCUUUGACUGUGACAACAUCCUAGCUGGGGAAAUAUAUGUGAUGGUCAAUGACAAGCCUGUGUGCAAGCCCUGCUACGUGAAGAAUCACGCUGUGGUAUGUCAAGGAUGCCACAAUGCCAUCGACCCAGAAGUGCAGCGGGUGACCUAUAACAAUUUCAGCUGGCAUGCAUCUACAGAGUGCUUUCUGUGCUCCUGCUGCAGCAAGUGUCUCAUUGGGCAGAAGUUCAUGCCGGUAGAAGGGAUGGUUUUCUGUUCAGUGGAAUGUAAGAAGAUGAUGUCUUAGGAGAAGGGCACCCAGUAAUAUUGAGCCAUAGCUAUCCAAAGUGGUCUGCAUUUCUACUGUAAAAUGCAAUCGAAAAAAUAAAAGACCAAAAGGAAACUGUAACAGAAACCAGGAGAUCUUGAUCAGUAUCUUAUUUUUACUACUUUCUUUCUUACCAAUUUUUUUGUCUCAACUUUUAAAACCUGCUCUAAGCCUUUAAUUUUUAAAACAAUAUGGAACUUUAUCUUU